ACCAAGAGAUUGUAAGUCGAGAACUGGCUGUAUCCUUUCCCGGUUGGUGACUCUCCCACCCACUGGUUUGCCCACAGGACAUUCAGUGGGACAUGGACUCUCAUCCCCCGGCAGCCGCCGCACAGCCCCUCAGCCUCCCCAAGCCAACCCCCACGAUGGACGCCCUUCCCGUGACGGCUGAGCUCUCCCUGACAGUGGUGGCGGAAAUCCAAGCGGUGGAGAGCAAGGUGGAUGCCUAUGCCGCCCAACUCAUGAACCUGGAAGUUCGGAUGAGCAUGGCCGAGACCAAGCUGGACGGCUGCGAGAAGACGGCGGUAGAGUUCGGGAACCAGCUGGAGAGCAAGUGGGCCGCCUUGGGUACCCUCAUCCAGGAGUACGGGCAGCUCCAGCGGCGCCUGGAGAACAUGGAGAAUCUCCUGAAGAACCGGAACUUCUGGAUCCUGCGUUUCCCGCCAGGUGCCAAGGGGGAGGCCCCUAAGGUCCCGUUGCUGUUCGAUGAUGCUGCCUGCAGUUUCUCGGAGCAAGAGUGGAGGGGUCUUGAUGAAAGCCAGAAGGACCUUUACCGCCACAUUAUGAUGCACAACUACCAGGCGGUGGUCUCCGUCGAUGCGGCUGUCUCCAAACCGGAACUCCUCACCCGGAUUGAGCAAAGAGAGACCUUGGAGCAGAACGAUGGCAGAGGAGACUACCCCCGUGACGAGUCCAGCUUCGGCAACCAGCCAGGAUCACCAAUUUCGGCUCCGCGCGGGAGUUCCUGGAUUGAGGAAGAAGAUCUGUCUCUCGUCAAAAGCAUGGGGGCCUUAGAGGACAGAGAAAUCCCUGGGGAGUGCACCAUGGGUGCUCCUCAGCUGUUGGAGGACGAUGUGGACAACCUCUUCCCCCACAAGUGGACCGAAGUUUUCCAGGGUCCUGGAGAGGAGCUGCUGUGCGAGAGCCAGUCUGUCUCUGUCGCCCUGCCCAAGAAGCCCCUCCGGCGGUCCACGCAGGGACCGUCAGAGACACAGAAAGAGCAUUCGGCCCCAUCAGCUGCAGAAGCUCACCCCGGCCCCUUCAUCUGCUGCGAGUGUGGAGAAGGAUUUGUAGACAGGCAGCUUUUCGCCAGCCACCAGAAGACCCACGGCGGAAGCGGGGCAUAUCUUGUGCCAGAGCCUAAAGGGAACCCGGCAGUUAAAUUCACCCCCUUCUCUAUCCAGAGGGCCCCAACUCCUGCCCGUCCCAAAGUGCACAAGCGCCCUGAGCCGCAGAGGAGCCCAACGGUGAAACCCAGCGCAGUGAAACGGCCUGGGAACCACAUGGUAGAGCGUCCCUACACAUGCACCCAGUGCAAGGAGAGCUUCAAGCUGGAGGUCAGCCUGCUCCUUCACCAGAAACUCCAUGCGGGGAAGGGCGACGGGCCGCUGACCUGCACCUACUGCGGCAAGGACUUCCGGGACCUCUCCAAAGCUGUGCGCCACCAGCGGAUCCACACGGGCGAGCGGCCGUAUCAGUGCACGGAGUGCGGGAAAAGCUUCAUCCGGCGGGACCAUCUGUUGAAACAUUGGCGUGUCCACACGGGCGAGACGCCCUACCAGUGCGCUACUUGUGGGAAGAACUUCCGCUACAAGGAGUCACUGAACUGCCACCAGAAAAUCCACACCCGCAACCCCACCGUGCGCCACCUCAUGCUGGGAACACAGUCGGGUCUGAUGGGCCUGAAACCUGAGCAGCCGUAGCGUUGCCGGGUGCCCAUCUGAAAGGGAUGUGCCAGCCCUUGGGGGAGUGUCCCAGUUUGGGCGGUGGUGGGGUAAUGUACUCUUGGGGGCAACAGGAGCAUUGAUUGCCUCCUUUGUCCUGUGCUGGAUGCCAACACGUAAGCUGUGUGCUGCUCCUGUGCAAGGGGUCAUGUGACAGUUGCAUUUGAGUGGACUGCAGAAGUAUUGUAGCCUGCUCACCCUGCACCUCCUUGCAUGCAAAUACCCCGUCGCUCUCUCCAGACCGUCCCCCUCAAAUCCCACUCAUUUCCUUGCCACGUCCGCUUGCCGGUACGAGUUUGCCUUGCUGCGUGUACCCUCUACACACGUAUCGACGUCCUUCAGGUUUCACAGUGCGCCGCAGAGGUUGGCAAAAUGGCAGUGGGCCCCCGCAAGAAUCAAAUUGGUUCUCCUUCAAUCCUGCCCACUCAGGAUGGUGGGGGGGGGGGUCCUCCCACACCUCCACGGAACUUGGAAACGCCCACCCGCCCCCAUUUCCCACAUCCUUGUCCUUUAGUUGGCGUUGUCUGUCUUCUCCAUUUCACUUUCGAAACUGUGUUUGAUCCGUGUGAGAACAACUCUUAACGCCCAGCUCUUGUGUUGUGUGUGGUUUCGCUGUGUGAUGUCCUCCGUGGGAUUUUGUGUUGCCUGGCUCCCCAAGCUCUUGCACACAUUGGGACUGCCAAGAUCUACCCUCCAUUGUUGUGGUGGUGUUGGUUAUUAUUAUUUUCCCAAGGUAUCUGUAAAUAUUGGUUUGCUAUGAAUUGCCCUGUUGUUGUUGAACUCAAUUGUUGGCUGAAGUGACAGUGAGAAAUCGGCUUUUCUUCUGUGUGACGUCCAGUGUUUGGUCUCUGUGGCUACAGUUUUUGGGGAGGGGUUGUUGGUUUUUUUGUAUCACCUUCUUUGGCAAAAACAUGUCUGUUCGCUGUGUCUCCA